AAUGUCCAUUUCACCGUCAUCAGACCCUCUUCCGUCGCUCUGAGAUCAUCAGGCAACGUGUAUCCCUUACCCGAGAAAUGUUCUCAGCUUUUCUCUCGCUUUUCUCGUGCUUUCUUUCUUCGUGUUGGGCUAAAAAAUCUCCCAAAACCCAUAUUUGGCACUUUUACAGAGCAUUUCACUUUGUCUUGGCCUUCAAUCACAUGUUCUUCCAAAACCCAACAAGGAGUGAAGCUUCUCGUUCCGCACCGACCCUUCAAGCCUUCCAAGUCUUUCCUCCGUUGUAUUUUCGCGGGGAACAAAUAAGAACCCAGCAAAGAUUUGAUCUUUUGGAAACUUGAGGAAGCCUGGAUUGCAAGAACUCUGGGGCACAGGUGGUUUCUUUCACUCAUUUACUUUUGCUUGGAUGUGAACUUGGGAAUUGGGAAGUAGUAGUGAACUUCCCCCCAGCGUUCCGGAGGUCUGGGUCUGGCAGCUUUGACUUGUUUUGAAGUCCGUCAAAUGAAAUGGACGUUCACGAGAAUGCUAUUUUUCAAAAUGAUUUACGGAGUUCUGGCCAAACCCUUGGUAUUGAGGCAUCGGCAGAAACUGAAAAGAAUUUUGGGAAUGAAUGUUUUGAUGCUAGUGCUUUAAAUGGGGCAGAGCAUAAAAGGGCUGGUGCAUAUGUGGUGGGGAGUAAGUCUAAAAAAGAACAUUUUGAUGCUGGUUCUUCUUCUUAUGAUUGGACUAUUGAUCAGGAUACAAAUUCCCGUACAGAGGAGAAUAGGUAUUCAGGUGAGCACUUGGACAAGAGAUUCACUCAUGGACUGGAUUAUCGAAGGCAAAAUCCGUUGCAGCGGUCUUCAGUCUUAGAGAUUUCUCAAUCAAAGGAGUUGGCCAUCAGUCAUUCACCUCGCACCUGGAGGGGCUUGGAUCAUUGUGUCACUGCACCUGUGGGAGCUCAUAGGAAUUUCUUCUUGGCAAGCCAUGAGAUGGCAUUUUCUAGAUCCAUGACUGAAAAGGCAGACACUCCAAGACCUGACCUAAAAUUUGAUAGACUCUCACAGCUUGAGAAGAAAAAUCUUAUUGUGAACCUGGUAAAGAUUCAAAAUGAUGGGAGGGUAGAGGUUGAUCUAACUAAGACUGCCCCUGUAGCAUCAGAAUUGUUAGAGCUUCGUUCCCUUGAAGGUUCACAUCAAUGUAUGAAUUACAUCACCGCUGAAUCCAAUAAAUCAGUUCCAAAACUGAAAAUUGCGAUGCUUGUGGUUGGGACAAGAGGAGAUGUUCAGACUUUUCUUGCUGUGGCAAAGAGGUUGCAGGAGUUUGGCCAUCAUGUUAGGUUGGCAACUCAUGCAAACUUCUCUGAUUUUGUAAAGUCAGCCGGUGUAGAAUUUUACCCUCUGGGUGGUGAUCCGCGGGUUUUGGCAGGAUAUAUGGCCAGGAAUAAAGGAUUAAUUCCAUCUUCACGGGGAGAAAUAUCCACACAAAGAACGCAACUAAAGGCCAUUAUUGAAUCUCUUCUUCCAGCUUGCAUUGGACCAGAUAUAGAAACUGGUCAACCUUUUAGCGCUCAGGCAAUUAUUGCAAACCCUCCUGCUUAUGUGUUCAUGUCUCAACCUGAAGGCUUUGUUAGUCCUCACUUUCCUUCUCAUGUUUGUCGAUUGAAGAAACUCCUCGAGCAUGGUAUACAAAACUUAGUACUAGAUUACAAGGACAUGCACAUGUUGCUGAAGCUCUUGAUAUACCCCUUCACAUAUUCUUCACAAUGCCUUGGACGCAGGCCAACGUAUGAAUUCCCCCAUCCACUGGCACGUGCGCCUCAAGCUGGUUAUUGGCUUUCGUAUAUAGUUGUCGAUUUACUUGUAUGGUGGGGCAUAAGGGGAUUUAUUAAUGACUUCAGAAAAAGAAAGUUGAGGCUUGCUCCUAUUGCAUACUUCAGUUUGUACCAUGGUUCAAUUGCUCAUUUGCCAACAGCUUACAUGUGGAGUCCCCAUGUUGUGCCAAAGCCAAGUGAUUGGGGCCCCUUAGUUGAUGUUGUUGGUUAUUGUUUCCUGAACCUUGGUUCCAAGUAUCAACCUCCUGAAGAGUUUGUUCAUUGGAUUCAGAAAGGUCCUCCGCCUAUAUAUAUUGGAUUUGGGAGCAUGCCUCUUGAAGAUCCCAAAAGAACGACGGAUAUUAUUUUAGAGGCAUUGAAGAAUACAGGACAAAGGGGAAUAAUUGACCGUGGUUGGGGAGACCUUGGUGCAUUUCCAGAAAUCCCAGAGACAGUUUUCUGUCUUGCUGAUUGCCCUCAUGAUUGGCUUUUCCCUCAAUGUUUGGCUGUGGUACAUCACGGUGGUGCUGGAACCACAGCUACAGGACUACGAGCCGGGUGUCCGACCACUGUAGUCCCAUUCUUCGGAGAUCAGUUCUUUUGGGGUGAUCGAAUUUAUCAAGGAGGAUUGGGACCGGCUCCAAUCCCCAUAUCUCAGCUCACUGUUGAAGCCUUGUCGGAUGCUAUCACAUUCAUGCUUCAGCCAGAGGUAAAAUCUAAAGCAAUGGAAAUCGGGAAACUGAUAGAGAAUGAAGACGGCGUUGCAGCUGCAGUCGAUGCGUUUCACCGGCAUUUGCCUCCAGAGAUGCCCCUGCCAAGGUCACUGUCCCAGGAAGAUGACCAGCCAGACUUUCUCCAAUGGUUCUUCCUUCAAAUUGGGAGGAUAUGUUGUCUUCCUUGUGGUUCAUAGACUCUUUGCAGUAACCUUUAGUGACUGUAUAGAUUAUGCAUCCCAGUAGGUGGUUUUAUUUUUUUUUUGUCAGUGUUUGCAUUUCAUUCAUUUAAUUCAUAGCUUCACUGUCUAUGGUUGAAAAUCAUUUGACUUAAUAAGUAUAGGUUUAUCUUCCCAUCAUGAAGGUCGAGCUUAGGGUUCUUUUGUAAAGUUUGAAGGUAUAGAACUUGUGUUUAGGAUUGGUGGUUGAUUGAAUUCAUGAGUUAUAUACCAGAUAAUUUUGUAUAAUUAUGGGUCUUUGCAUAUUAUAUG